AUGAGAAGACAGGGAAACUUUGCUGACUCGACUGCAAGUGCAUAUGGAGCUGGACAGAUACAGAAUUCCCAUUCUGAUUUCCAAGGUCAAUUAGAGGCAUUCACGCCCGAGAGGGACCAACCAUAUUCAGAUCCACAAGGAGAGGGUCAAUGGAGAUGGGAAAGAGAUGGCCCAAAUAUGUCAAGGCCAAUGGCAACUGCCGUUUACAAUGAAGGUCAAGGCGUUGAUUCAUCGAGGACGUAUUACCGUGGCCAAAUGGAUCCAAAAUCAGGAAUGGAGAGGCAAGGCAGCGAUCCAAGAGCUCAACCACAACACCAAGAAAAACCAAAGCCUGGUUAUGAGAAUAACCGUGGGAUGCAGACCUUUGAACGUCUUGAACAGAAGUUCAUGGAUGAUAUAACAAGACUAGCGAAAGAUCAAAUCGAAGCAGAGGAUAAAGAGAUUGCCAGACAUCGAGAGAAAAUAAACGCCAUUAAUACUCGGUACGAAGAACAAUUAGCUGCACUGAGAGCUCGACACACAGGUAAAAGAGAAGAGAUCAUGAGGAAAGAAUCACAAGCUCGUCGACAACAAUACAAGCAGCAAACCAUGGGGAUGAUGGAUCAGUACCAUCCAAACUCGGUUGGUCCGGGUAAUCUAAUGCCAUCUGGUCAUCCCCAAGGGUACAUUGGCAAUGCUCAAGAUCCAGCUGCUGUGGGGGAUACACCAUCCAGAUCCUACGGAUCAGAUCGGUUCGAAGCGUAUGGAGAGAGAGCUCGGUUUCAGGGGGGAACCAGGGAUCACGGGUUCGACUCUAGGGGUCAGUACCCUGGUGGGGGUGUCUACGACACGGCCUCACGGUUCUACUGA